AUGGAUGGUCCUUACUAUGCGUACGGGAAUGUGUUGACCACGUCACACCAAGCGACGAUGAAUAACGCGGAAAAACCGUUGGAACCUGCUACAAUUCUUUCUCAAUAUGUGCCAAGAGCCUUCACAACACCUACCCGUCCUCGUGCGAGCCUCAUCACUGCGGAAGAAUUAGAGUCAUAUCUUCACCUUAAACAGCCCCUUCAGGCAUACCUGCAGAGCGCUGGCUUGGAUUCCGAGGCUUCCUCACUGCAGCUCCAGGACUUUGCGCCAAGCAGCAAGCACAUGUUGCAUUCUUCUGGUGGUGUCAUUGCGCCAACUCCCGCUGCCAAGAAAGAUGAAACUACUAAGAAACAAAAAAGACACAGGAGCUUCUGUUGUUGCAGGGUGCAUGAUGAGUGA